AUGUCUGACGACCAGAAACAGAACCCUGGCCUCCUCGGUGGUCUUGGGACUACUCUAGGCAACACCGUUGGCGGCCUCACAAACACCGUCGGUUACACGGUCGGUGGCCUUGGACAAACUGUUGGCGGCGCGACCAAGGGACUGGGAGAGACCGUCGGCGGAGCCACCCAAGGACUCGGAGACACUGUGUCUGGUGCUGGGCAGGGACUGGGACAGACGACAAACAGUGUGGGCAAUAGCACGAAGGAUACUUUGGCAAGCAUUGGAGGACAGAGGAAGUAG